CAAAACGAUGUCUUAUUAAAUGUCCUCUCUUUUGAGUUGAUGAACAAAACAUAUUCCAUUAUACAUGGCAGUGACCGGAAAAGUUCCUUCUUUUGGCCGUCUUUUCAGAGACGACAAAACCCGCAAGCGCCGUGUACCUAAAACCUCAGUGACCCAUCAAAUUCUCGAGCAACUCGAAGGCGGCAAUGUCUCGAAAGCCGUCUCUGUUCUCUUUGUUUCUCUUGAGCGAGUCUCAUACAAGCUAUACGAGCGUCUUUUCCGUUCCUGUUCCUCGAAAUCCCUCGUCGUGCAAGCCCGUAAAGUCGAAUCCCAUUUGAUGACUUUCUCUCCUGUGCCCCCGAUUUUCCUCAUGAACAGAGCAAUCGAAACCUACGGUAAAAUCGGGUGUGUGAAUGAUGCCCGAGAACUGUUUGAGCAAAUGCCUGAACGAAAUGGUGGCUCCUGGAACGCUUUGAUCACUGCUUGUUCUAAGAACGAAGUUCACGACGAGGUGUUUCGUACGUUUCGUAGAAUGAACAGAGAUGGUAUACGAGCAACGGAGACAUCUUUCGCUGGUGUUUUGAAGUCGUGCGGUUUGAUAUUAGACUUGAGAUUGUUGAAGCAGCUUCAUUGCGCUGUGAUGAAGCAUGGAUUUUCGGGGAAUGUUGAUUUGGAGACUUCGAUUGUUGAUGUUUACGGUAAGUGUCGGGUUAUGAGUGAUGCGAGAAGAGUGUUUGAUGAGAUUGAAAAUCCCAGUGACGUCUCGUGGAACGUGAUUGUGCGACGGUAUCUUGAGAUGGGUUGUAAUGAUGAAGCAGUGGUGAUGUUCUUCAAGAUGCUAGAGUUAAAUGUUCGACCUUUGAAUCACACGGUUUCUAGUGCAAUUUUGGCUUGUUCAAGAUCUAAGUCCCUUCAGUUUGGAACGGUUCUCCACGCGAUUGCUGUCAAACUUAAUUUUGUGGCAGACAAAGUUGUGUCUACUUCUAUAUUUGACAUGUAUGUGAAAUGUGACAGAUUGGUUAGUGCUCGUAGAGUAUUUGAUCAAACCGAGUCUAGAGAUUUGAAAUCUUGGACUUCAGCGAUGUCAGGGUAUGCGAUGAAUGGUAUAACUAGAGAUGCAAGGGAACUAUUUGAUCUGAUGCCUGAAAGGAAUAUAAUCUCAUGGAACGCAAUGUUGGGCGGAUAUGUACGUGCUAGCGAAUGGGAGGAGGCACUGGAUUUUCUCACUUUGAUGCGCAAGGAGAUCGAAGAUAUUGAUAAUGUCACGCUUGUGUGGAUUCUAAAUGUCUGCUCAGGUGUCUCAGAUGUUCAAAUGGGGAAGCAAGCUCAUGGUUUUAUCUACCGACAUGGAUACGGUACGAACGUGAUUGUAGCCAAUGCACUUCUUGAUAUGUAUGGAAAAUGUGGUUCCUUUCGCAGUGCCAAUAGUUUGUUCCGUCAAAUGAGUGAAGUAAGAGAUGAGGUUUCAUGGAAUGCGUUAUUGAAUGGUUUAGCUCAAGUUGGGCGGAGUGAACAGGCCCUUUCUUUCUUUGAAGGGAUGCAACUUGAAGCAAAACCUAGCAAAUACACACUCGCAACGCUCUUAGCAGGCUGUGCAAACAUUCCUGCUCUUAAGUUAGGUAAAGCAACCCACGGCUUCCUGAUCAGAAAUGGCUAUGAAAUUGACAUUGUAAUACGAGGUGCUAUGGUUGACAUGUAUUCCAAAUGCCGAUGUUUAGACUAUGCUAUUGAAGUGUUCAAUGAGGCAGCCACACGGGACUUGAUUCUAUGGAACUCUAUUAUUCGUGGAUGCUGUCGUAAUGGAAGAAGCAAAGAGGUGUUUGAGCUGUUCAUGCUAAUGGAAGAUGAAGGAGUUAAGCCUGACCAUGUCACCUUUCUGGGAAUCUUACAUGCUUGCAUACGUGAAGGUCAUGUCGAACUCGGCUUUCAGUAUUUCAGUUCUAUGAGCACCAAAUAUCUUAUAUUACCGCAGGUUGAGCAUUAUGAUUGUAUGGUUGAACUCUACUGCAAGUAUGGAUGCUUGCAUCAGCUUGAAGAAUUUCUCCUCUUGAUGCCUUUUGAUCCAACUAUCCAAAUGUUGACGAGGAUAUUUGAUGCUUGCCAAAAUUACGGCUGGAAAAAGUUGGGAGCAUGGGCUGCGAAAAGGCUUCAUGAAUGAUCAUACCUUCAGCCACCAUAGAUGAAUCUUAAACAAAGAGAUUGUGUCCUCCAGUCAGAUCCAAGAACAUGCAUUUGGAAGGAUUGCAGACAAGUGUCUUUUGAGUACCAGGAAGAGAAACGGGGAUAAAGCCGUUGGCGCAGGAGGUGAAGAGAUUAGAGAGACACAUUAGUCUCUCCUGCCACUCCAAGUGAUUUCUUUUCUUCUCGGAGAAAUUGAAGCGUUCCUCUUCACCACUGAAGUCUGAAAUUACCCUGGGUGAAUAACAAUGCUAAAAUUGAAAUCAGGUAAAAGGAUCUAUCUCUACUCCCAAAAAACCAGCAUUGUGGUUCCCUAAAACAGAGCUUGAGUCGGUCGAUUUUGGAAGUCUUAGACUCGAAUAAUGGAAAGAAGAUUCCAAGUAUUUUAUUUGAUUUUUCUUUAUACAUACAAUUUCAGUUUUGCGAUAUUCGUGAUUUAAUGUCUUAAGGUUUUCAAGUCUUAAUGUAUUAGUGAUCAAUUAUCAUAUUUAUCACAAUUUAUCGUGCAAUCUCUGUUUUGUAAUUUUCAGAGUCUGAGAUUCAAAGAAGUCUAAGGCUUAAACCUUUGGGACAUAAGAUAGCUUCAUCAAAGAGGAAGAAAUUGAUCUUCC